GAGACAAGAAACUCAUUUGAGGGGGUGUGACUUUGCAGUGGCAGUCUGACUCUAUAUAUUGAGACAUGAUGUCCAAAGUGGCUUCAAGAGAAACGCACCAAGUUCAACUGCAGAGUUAAUUUCAGGGCAAUACACACUCUAACCCUCCCAAUAGCAUCACUAUGGAUAACUGUUUUUGCACACUUUGGAUGACAGUUGUUCUGGCAUCGAUUACGCGGAGAUCAGCCGCGGUGGGACCGGUUAUCCGGUGCGAACCUUGUGAUGUUGGAGCUCGGCUCUUGUGCAAACCGUUGCCCAAGGACUGCAUCGAGAGAGUUCGCGAACCGGGCUGCGGCUGCUGCAUGACUUGCGCGCUGGCCUUUGGACAGCCGUGCGGGGUUUACACGGGAAGAUGUGGCUAUGGCAUGGCAUGCCAGCACCAGCCCGGUGAAACGAAACCUCUCCAAGCUUUACUGGAAGGACGAGGACAGUGUGCAAAUGCAACCAGGAAAAGAACCAUCGCCACUUCACCUGCAGUCAAUGAGCUACAAGAGAAUGUUGGUGGUGUUCAGGAGGAGGAGCAAAACACCCCCACUCUACUCAUCCAAGCCCCCCAAGCGCCCUCCAGCACCGGCAAACCUCCUGUUGACCCUCCCAAGCUCUUCCAUCAACUCCCUCAGCUCCACCCUGGUAAGGUGGAGGUCAUUCGCAGGGAACAGCUGAAGAGGACCCACAGCUACAAGAUGGAGGAACUCCCUGGAACCCUCAGCACAGACCAGCAUAACUUUUCCCUGGAGUCUAAGUCGGAGCCAGAAUAUGGUCCCUGUCGUAGAGAGAUGGAGAGUGUCCUCAACGGAUUGAAAAUCACAGACAUCCUCAACCCAAGAGGCUUCCGCAUACCUAACUGUGACAAAAAGGGCUUCUACAAAAAAAAACAGUGCCGUCCAUCCAAGGGCAGAAAGCGAGGGUUUUGCUGGUGCGUCGACAAGUAUGGGCAGCAAUUGCCAGGUUUUGACGGGAAGGAGAAAAGAGACGCCCAGUGCUACAACUCUGAGAGCCAAUAAGACCAGAGCAGAGAGAAGCAGAGAGAGAAAGGGAAAGAGCAGAGAGAGGAAGGAACACAAAGAGAAACUAUGGGGAUAUUGUGAUUCAAAAGGAGCCAAAAUGACUGGGCCGGGACCUGGGCUUGGUAUUGGCUGGCAUUGAUGACCCUUCGGCCCUUGGGACCUCAUGAAUGGCAGGGCAUAAGGUGGCUUGAGAAGAUGACAGGGACACAUCUCAGCACACUCCUUGUGUCCCACAUGAACAUUCCUAUAGCAUGUGCUGUAUGUACUGUAAACAGUGCAUGGAGGGAUUCUCCAUUGAACCACAGGGCAGACCUGACUUGGUAUAUAACUUUAAAAAGGACAAAUGAGACGCCAUCAUUCACACCUUAGCAGAGUGCCAGCCUUGAUCAUUUCUGACUUGAUGACAGAGACUCAUAUACACUACUGGUCUCGACCUCGAUGAGGGGAGUACACCAACGCACAACUAAGUGGCAUUAUAAACACGUGUUCGUGUGGUUGCUGUAUAUGGUUAUGUGUGUGUGUGUGUGUGCGCGUGUGUGCGUAUGAGAUUCUUCGUGUUUGAUAUGUGGCUGUGUCUGUUUCUUUACAGGUGUUUGUGUAUGUGAUCAAUAGAAGAGUGUCUCUGUCUAUUAGUGUAAUUAUAUGCUACAGGGUGCUGGUGUUUGACCACACUGUGUCACAAUACAAUAUAGUGUCAUACACUGUGUGACAGGAUACAUAUAUCAGCUUUUAAUCCAUUCAGCAGCUCUCCUCAGGACCCUAUAAUUCCCUCCUCAGGAGUUGAAAAGCUUGUUGUUCUCUCCUUCCAUAUGCAGUGCAUUUACUCACCGUGGAUGUACAGUAGGCUUACAUUCACUAUACAUCUACCAGUGGAACAGUACAUUAGGCCUGCAUUCACUAUACAGUGGAUAUAAAAAGUCUAAACACCCCUGGUUUUUGUGAUGUAAAAACCAGGUGUGUGUAGUCUACAUGCCAGGUUUUUGUGAUGUAAAAGAAUGAGACAAAGAUAAAUAAUUUCAGAACUUUUCCACUUUUAA